UGCAGUUCGAUAAGCAAUAGAGUAUAUAUACCAUCCCAUCCUCACAUAUACGUUUUGCUAAAUACACUAUACUUACUUUAUGCUAUUACUAGUUUCACGAAUACCUGCUGCUUGUGUGCUGUCAAAGAGAUAGCUUCUUCUACAUUAACAUAUGCAAUUUGGCGUAAAACAUAUUAUUGGAUGCAGCAAAAGCAACGGCCUUUUUUCUUUCUCCUCUUUCUUACUGUCGCUCUCUCUCUCUCUGUCUCUUGGACGCAUAUACAUGUUGACUGUAGUAUGUGCAUACGAACAGAAGCAUGCCAAUGCAAAAAAUCAAGUUGUACCUGUUACAUUUGUCCGCAGCUGCAGAGAAGACGAUGAUGGUUCCCAUGACAAAUAACAUAAGCGCCACACUUCGAUCUAUCAUCACUAGGCAACAAAAGCACAUCAAUUGGCAAAAAAAAAACACUUGUUUUCUACUUUGGGUAGUUUUAGUGAUUUUCCUUUUUCCCCCAUCACAUACAGUACGCUUU